UUGUUUUGCUUUGGCUUCCUCUCGGUCCUAGUCUGGGUCGCCAUGGCGGUCGCGCGGCUGUUGCUGCUUUCCACCGUCCACGCGGUUCUUCCGCCCUUCAUCUUCCCUUUCUACCUGCCUGGCCUGGCCCCCGUUAACUUCUGCGAGAAGUCGGAUAAGGUCUCGGACUGCAAGUCUGUGAUAGAACUAUUUGUAAAUAGACUGGAUUCUGUGGAAUCAGUCCUUCCUUAUGAAUAUACUGCAUUUGAUUUUUGUCAAGCAGAGGGAGGAAAACGACCUUCUGAAAACCUUGGUCAAGUAUUGUUUGGUGAGAGGAUUGAAGCAUCUCCCUACAAGGUAUAAUCCUCAU